AUGGCCCCUAAACCUUAUUGGGAGGACUCCAAUUUAGACUGUUUGACGAAGCCAGGUGCCAACCCUGCAGACCAGAAUCCAGAGUCCCGUGAAGCAGGAUUGCGCGCUUAUUCCACCAGUAAGCUGGCGCUAGUGUAUCUGUUUCCUGAGGUAGCAAGAAGACAUCCUCGGGUCAAGUUUUUGGUAUACAGUCCCGGGUUUGUGCCUGGAACAGGACUAAGCAGAGAUGCUGCCUCGAUUCUCAGAUUCUGGUUUUCUAAUGGCGAAAACGGUCUUUGA